GUGCAUUUCGAAAGUAAUAUUUCCGGUUGACAUGUCCAAUAGCUCAGAUAGCAGUCUUUGAAACAGGAAGGUUUGUGCUCAAAGCCUAUUUUUGAUUUGAAGGAAGGAUUUUGAACAAAAAUAAAGGUAGUAUUUUAAAAGAAUUAUUGAACUAAUAUUUAUUUUGUUUAAAUGAAACUAAAAACCGUCUAGUUCUGUUGCACAAUAGUUACCAUGGCUGAAGAAAAUCAACUUGAUAUAGGGACUUGUGAAGGACCCAAUGCUAUGUACGUGAAACUUAUAUCAUCUGAUAAUCACGAAUUCAUUGUAAAAAGGGAUCACGCUUUAACUUCUGGCACGAUUAAAGCUAUGUUAUCCGGCCCAGGUACUUUCUCUGAACAUGAAACAAAUAUGAUCAAUUUUCGCGAAAUUCCUUCUCAUGUGUUGGAGAAAGUCUGCAUGUACUUUACAUAUAAAGUGCGCUUCACUAAUAGUUCAACUGAAAUUCCUGAGUUUCCAAUUCAACCAGAGAUAGCUCUUGAAUUGCUUAUGGCUGCCAAUUUCCUGGAUUGUUAG